AUGGGGAGGGUAACUCGGGAGCUGCGGCAGUGGCUGGAGAAAGACGGAAAGUGCUGCUGCUCUCGGGGUCAGCAGGGCGGGGUACGGAGCAAGGAGCGGAGCGGUGAGUGGCUGCCAGAGAACAAGGGCGUGAAGCGGAGCAGCGUGCGGCGGUCUCGACGCUGGGGCUCGGGUCACCUCACUUUGAAGCAGAUGGCACAAGAACUGUGCUUUGGACCACGAAACACCAUCUGUCCCAACGAAGGGGAAAGUCCCCUGAAGGUGUUGGUUUGGCAAAGAGGUGCUCCCUUUGAUCCAGAAACUCUUCUGACCAACGCCGUUGGCAAGAUUAUUUGCACCCUAACGUUGGGUGACCACUUUGACUACAAUGAUGCAACAUUCCUGAAACUAAUACAUUUGACCAAGGAGAUCAUGAUGAUACUGGGGGCAGGAUUUUGGCUCCCAUAUAUUCCUGGGCCUCACCAAAAAAUUAAGAAAAUGUAUAAUGAUAUUAGUGCCUUACUAACUGAAAUUGUGAUGAAACAUAAGGAAACCAGGGAUCCUACAUUUGCGAGAGAUAUGAUUGACACAUUUCUGGAGGAGAUGGAAAAGGCCAAAGGGAAUCCAGAGAGCAGUUUUAAUGAACACAACCUUAAUAAAACUAUUAUUGAAAUGUUUGUGGCUGGCAUGGAAACUACUACUUCCACCAUACUCUGGGGGCUGUUGAAAAUGGUCCUUCAUCCUGAGGUUCAGAAACAAGUCCAUGAAGAAAUUGAGGAAGUGCUUGGCAGGGAUCAACCACCUACGAUGGAGGACCAGCCAAACCUGCCUUAUACUAAUGCUGUGAUCCACGAAAUCCAGCGGUGUGCUGACAUUGUACCUAUUGUAUUGCCUUAUAUAACACACCAAGAUGUUCAAAUCGACAAGUUUGUCAUCCCUAAGGAGACCAUGGUCUUCAAUCAUUUGUCUUCGGUGCUGAAGGAUGAAACCAUGUGGGAGAAGCCACACCAGUUUUAUCCUGAGCACUUCCUAGACGCCAAUGGACAGUUUGUCAAGCGAGAGGCCUUCCUACCUUUCUCUGCAGGUCGUCAUGCCUGCCCUGGGGAACAAAUGGCUAAAAUGGAGCUCUUCAUCUUCUUCACCAGCCUUCUGCAGCGUUUCACUUUCUGCAUUCCUGAGAACCAUCCCAGGCCCAAGGAAGACAGGCUCUUUGCCCUCACAGUCACUCCAGCCCCUUUCCAGAUCUGUGCCAUCCCCAGAUAA